AUGGCCCCCUCCGCAACAGAGACGGUCACGGCGGAGCCCCUGACCCAGCGCUUCCGGCUCAACGCCUCGGCGACGGGUCCCUACAAGGAGCUGUCCCCGACCAACUACCAGAAGGAGACGGAGACCAAGGGCGGCGACGGCUUCGAGGCGGCCAAGUACCCCCACUACCUGCCGACGUGGAACCCCGAGCAAAAGUACCCCCCACUGACGCCCUUCGAGCACAAGGAGCACGGUAAGGACGCCGACCCCAGCUUCCCGAACCUGCUGCCGACGGGCACCCAAGUCAACCACCUGACACCGACGAUCGGCUCCGAGGUCAAGGGCAUCCAGCUGAGCAGCCUGACGCCCGCCGGCCGCGACGAGCUCGCCCUCUUCGUCGCCCAGCGCAAGGUCGUCGCCUUCCGCGCCCAGGAUUUUGCCGACCUGCCCAUCGGCGAGGCCCUCGAUUUCGGCGGCUACUUUGGCCGCCACCACAUCCACCCCACCUCUGGCUCGCCCGAGGGGUUCCCCGAGGUCCACCUCGUGCACCGCGGAGCCAACGACAGGUCGGCCGAGAGCUUCUUCGCGACGCGCACGUCGAGCGUCGCCUGGCACUCGGACGUCUCGUACGAGCAGCAGCCGCCCGGCACCACCUUCCUCUACAUCCUCGACGUGCCGGCCGUCGGCGGCGACACGCUCUUCGCCGAUGGCGUCGAGGCCUACAGGCGGCUGAGCCCGCUGUUCAGGGAGAGGCUGCACGGGCUCAAGGCCGUGCACUCUGGGUUCGAGCAGGUCGAGGCCUCCGUCCGUAAGGGCAGCAUCAAGAGGAGGGAGCCCGUCGCCAACGAGCACCCCAUUGUCAGGACACACCCUGCGACCGGGGAGAAGGCCAUCUACGUCAACCCGCAGUUCACCCGCGAUAUCGUCGGCCUCAAGAAGGAGGAGUCUGAUGCGCUGCUCAAGUUUCUCUACGAACAUAUCGCGUGGAGCGCGGACAUUCAGGCGCGCGUCAAGUGGGAGGCCGGCACUGUUGUCGUGUGGGACAACCGUGUGACCCAGCACUCUGCUCUCGUGGACUGGAAGGACGGCGACCGCAGGCAUCUAGCGCGCAUCACGCCCCAGGCCGAGCGACCGUUUGAAACUCCCUACGCGGCGUGA